AUGGAGCGAUCGCAGAGCCGCAUCAGCCUGUCGGCGUCCUUCGAGGCCCUCGCCAUCUACUUCCCCUGCAUGAACUCCUUCGAUGAGGACGAUGGGGUGGAUACGGAGGGCAGGAAGUUGAAGGGGGGCAUCCAGAGGAGCACAGAGACAGGUCUGGCCGUAGAGAUGCCCAGCCGGACCGUCCGCCAGGCCAGCCACGAGUCCAUAGAGGACAGCAUGAACAGCUACGGCUCCGAGGGCAAUCUGAACUAUAGCGGUAUGUGUCUGGCAUCUGAUGCCCAGUUCAGCGACUUCCUGGAUGGGAUGGGACCCGCCCAGUUCGUUGGGCGACAGACACUGGCGACCACAUCCAUGGGUGAUGUAGAGAUCGGUCUGUUGGAGAGGAACGGAGGUCUGGAGGUGGAGGUCGUCCAGGCCAGAGGACUCACCAUGAAAGCAGGUUCAAAGGGACCUCCAGCGGCCUACAUCAAAGUUUACCUCCUGGAGAACGGCAUCUGUGUGGCCAAGAAGAAGACCAAGUCCGUGAGGAAGAGUCUGGACCCUCUCUACAACCAGGUCCUGGUCUUCUCUGAAAGUCCACAGGGGAAAGUGGUGCAGGUGAUUGUUUGGGGCAACUAUGGACGGAUGGACCGCAAAUGCUUCAUGGGCGUAGCUCGAAUCCUACUGGAGGAGCUGGACCUCAGCACGAUGGUGAUUGGCUGGUACAAGCUCUUCCCUACCUCCUCCAUGGUGGACCCAACGAUGGCACCGCUCAUCCGCCACUCCUCCCAGAUGUCCCUGGAGAGCACCAUUGGGCCCUGUUGUGAGCGAUCCUAA